AUGAUUGAAGUGCUUUGCAAUGACCGACUUGGAAAGAAGAUCAGAGUCAAGUGCAUGCCAGACGACACAAUCGGCGACCUCAAGAAGUUGAUCGCUGCUCAGACUGGUACCAACUACCAAAAGAUUGUUUUGAAGAAGUGGUAUACCGUGUUUAAGGAUCAUAUCACCCUGGCAGAUUACGAGAUUCAUAAUGGCCAGUCGUUGGAGCUGUAUUACAGCUGA